CUCCAAACGCUCGAGGCAGUUCAGGACGACAAAGCACAACCUGGAGUUACCGACGCCCGUGUUGAGGUCCCUGAUGGUGAUGUAUCGUCAUCGUCUCUUCAAGCGAAAGACGUUCCAACCCCAGCCAGCGAGGAGACGAAAGAUACAGAGGUGCAAGAUCAGCCGACCACGAUGCCAGAGAAUCCAAAUGAAAUGAGCGGGCUCCCUCUUGGCCUUGUCGUUGCCUCUUUACUCAGCGCAGUCUUUUGUGUUGCCUUGGACAAUACGAGUUUGUGGACACUGUCUCCCCCGACAUUCUGUUCACCUCAAGUUGACAUCAGANCAGUACUGGCAACAGCGAUCCCUAAGAUUACCGACACAUUCCACACCAUUGAUGAUGUCGGUUGGUAUGGAGCUGCUUACUUCUUGACCACAUGCACGCUGUUCUUGUUCGAGUUGGGCUCACUGAUCUGUGGCGUUUCUCCCACAUCAACGGUCCUGGUUAUCGGAAGAGCGGUAGCUGGUCUUGGAGCAGCAGGUAUCUCCACGGGAGCAUCUACAGCGGUCGCCCAUGUUGCUCCUAGAAAACUCAAGCCCGCUAUCAUGGGUAUGGUAGGCGCGUUGUUUGGACUGUGCUCAGUCAUAGGUCCAUUGAUUGGUGGUGCAUUCACUGAUCAUGUCACUUGGCGAUGGUGCUUCUACAUUAACCGUAUGACGAGANUUCCUAUUGGUGCGUUCACCGCCGCAGGGACGAUAUUCUUUCUGAAACUCGAUCAGAAGCUUGAGCAUCAGGAUGCUUCGCUGCGUGAACGUAUUUCAAGCCUGAAUCCUUUAGGUAAUGUGCUAUUCGUGGGUUCGGUGAUCUCUUUGUUGAUCGCCGUCCAAUGGGGAGGUACGACAUAUCCCUGGUCCGAUGGUAGGAUCAUCGCACUCCUGGUCGUCUUUGGUGUAACGGCCAUCGCGUUCUGCGCCAACGAAUGGAGAUGCAAAGAACGAGCAACAAUCCCACCACACCUUGCUCGCCAACGCACUCUAAUCUUCUCCUCUGUGUACGCCUUCUUCAUCAGCUCUACCGUCUUUGUCACUCUAUACUUCUUGCCUAUCUGGUUCCAGGCAAUUCAGGGUAUCACUCCAGUCAUGUCUGCCGUACACACUCUACCGCUCAUCCUCUCCCAACUCCUUGCCACCUUAGUUGCUGCAGGCGGAACCACAAGAUUGGGCUACUACAUGCCCUUUGUCAUUGCAUCCACAAUCUUCCUUUCUAUAGGGACAGGCCUACUCUCUACCUUCCACGUCGGCAUUCCCGAGUCGAGAUGGAUAGGCUACCAAGUCAUCCUCGGCCUGGGCAUCGGCUUUGGAUUCCAACAACCCAGCGUAGCAGUACAGACCACUUUACCCCUCCCCGAUAUCCCUAUCGCUGUGUCCACAGUCUUCACCUCUCAAUUCCUGGGCGGCACAAUCUUUCUCUCUGCAGCAGAAAACAUUUUCAACAAGCAAUUGGUGUCCAAUAUUGAGAAAUUACACAUCCCGGGUCUUGAUGUAGAGAAAGCUGUGCAGGCUGGAAUUACCAACCUGCUACAUGUGGUCCCGGAAGAAUUUCUUGAGGAUGUUUUGGUGGCUUAUAGUGGUGCUGUCACAAAGGCUUUUGAACUGAGUCUUUGUCUGGGGUGUUUGACGGUUCUCGGGGCGAUUGGCAUGGAGUGGAAAAACAUCAAAGCUAAGCAGUCGGUC